AUGUGCGAGACUCGUUGGGUUGAAAACCAUGAUGGAUUAAUAAGAUUUAAAGAAAUUUUCAAAGCGAUUGUUGAUACGUUGGAAGAUUUGAGCAUGGAUGCGGAUUCUGAAACUUCAUCAAAAGCGACUUCUUUUCUGCGAUCGAUUAUUGCCAGCGACUUUAUCAUAAGCUUGUGUUGCUUAGGCAUGCCAUUUUCAUACACAUUGUCACUUUGUAAAAUCCUACAAUCUCCCGAAUGUGACUUAGUAGCUGCAUUACAACAUGUCGACAUUAUAAUAAAGACUGUUCAAGAUAUUCGCGAAAAUGUCAGUUCAAAAUUUGCAACGAUAUUCAAAACCGCACUCGAUUUACUCGAAACUGUAAAUGAAGAAAUAAAAAUUCCACGAAUAGCAUUACGACAACAGCAUAGAGGAAAUUAUAAUACACAAGAUCCAGAAACAUAUUUUAGAAUUAGUAUCAUGAUACCACUCUUGGAUGACUUCAUCGAUCAGCUUCGCUCCAGAUUCGAAAAUCACAAAUCGACAUUAUCAUCCCUCUAUAUUUUGAUACCAUCCGUGUGUUGCAAAAAUGAGAGUGUGUUUCAAGUUGACAAUUUCAAACUUUAUGAAAGAUUUUUGGAGUGUGACUCUCUACAAGCGGAAUUUGAUUUGUGGAGGACAAAGUGGCUGAAAAAAUCAGACGUAGAUCGGCCGACGUGUGCUAUCGAGGCUCUCGGAGAAUGCAACCAAGACCUGUUUCCAAACAUUCACAAGCUGUUGAAAAUUUUAUCGACAUUACCUGUGUCGACAAGUACCCCGGAAAGGACGUUUUCUUCGUUGAAACGUCUAAAAACGUAUUUAAGAAAUUCCAUGGGCCAAGAAAGGCUAACCGGAUUGGCGUUAAUGUCAAUACAUCGUAGAAUUGAUAUUAACACAGAAGAC